GGGGGCUGCAAAAAGAUUUACUUAGUUUUCCCAACCUGCGCCGGGAUGCGUAGUCUACAUCGUCGUGACCCACGUUUCCCCGUUUCAUUACUCGAUCCUCCCUCAGCUCCAAGCAGAAGUAAACAAUGGCGACCCCUUCACUGACACUCCCCUCAACUCUCAGCCCUUAUUCAAAAUCCUCAUUUUACCCUCAUUGUUUCUCUCAAUUCCCAUCUCCACCUCUCCUUUCCUUCACUCGCACUCUCAAACCCUUCCGUACGAGACCAAAAUCCGUCAUUCUUUUUCCCCGCAGCAACUCUGUUUCUCAAGCCCUAGACUUUUCGGGCUCUUUCUUCGAAGGUGGUGGGUUCGGGUCAGAUGAAGACCCGACUUCAGUGCCACCUGGGUCGGUUGGAACUGCGACCGCUAUCAAGGAGAAAGAGGAGCCCCAAUGCCCACCUGGGUUGAGACAGUAUGAGACGAUGAUGGUGUUGAGACCCGACAUGUCUGAAGAUGAGAGAAUUGCUCUUACACAGAAGUACGAGGAGUUGCUUGUUGCUGGGGGUGGUAUCUAUGUAGGGGUAUUUAAUAGGGGGAUGAUUCCACUAGCUUACAGCAUAAAGAAGAGAAACAAGGCAGGGGAGAGCAAUACAUACUUGGAUGGUAUCUACCUCCUCUUCACCUACUUCACUAAACCUGAGUCCAUGCAGGCUCUUGAGGUGACUAUGAACACUGAUGAUGAUGUUAUCCGAGCAUCCAGUUUUAAAGUUAGGAAGCAUAAGCGAUAGAUUGUUUCGAUCCUUUGCAUAAGAAAAGAUUCACUUCUGCAAUGGAAUCUCAUAUGUUAUGAAUCCUUUUGUUCCCAGAUUAUCUGAAUUCUAUUUGUUUUGUCAAUUACAGAUUUGGAUCAGUGUGAAUAGAAUGAAAAUAUUUGUUUAUUGAAGUUGCAUAUAGUAAAAAUUUUCUGGUAAUUUUCUCUA